GUAACUGACCCCUGGCAGCAGGAUAGUCUAGGAGGGGGAAAACGGAAUUAACCUGGGCUCCCAGGUCGAAAACACUGCCGCUCCAUUUUCUGCAGCAAAGGAUUGCUUCAUUAUCCAGUAAAAGCUGGAGGAAUGAGAAUUUCCAAAAAGCAAGAAAUUGGCAUCUUGGAGAAGCAAAGCAAAAAGCCUGGAUUAGAGAAAACGAGUGCUAUUGCAAAUGUUGCCAAAAUACAGUCAGUGGAUGCCUUCAGUGACACACUGGAGAAGCUCAGUCAUAAAUUUCCAGCAAUGGUGCACAUGGCACAUCAAAAACCCAGACCUGCUCUGGAGAAGGUCAUUCCACUGAAAAGAGUCUACAUUAUUCAGCAGCCUCGAAAAUGUUAAGCCGGGAUGUAAAACACAGACGUCUGGCCAACUGCCUCUAACAUCUGACAGAUUAGCAGAAAAGGACCAAAACUUUCCAUAGGCCGAGUGCCUUUCUUUGGUAAA